UGUCCCGCCAUUUUUCUUCUCUCUACAAAAAUUGGUACAGAACCAAAGCAAUUUUGCGACCGUCAAUGCGUCAAUUAAAAAGUAGAGACUGUGACUGCUAGCUGCUUCUGUUGAAAACCAGAACCGUGUUGCUUCUUUACUACUCCCUCAUCCUCAGAUAGCACGCAUCAUGGCCGAUGAGAGGCAGGUGACUAUGGCCACGAAGAAGCUGAAGGCCCUGAAGGAAGGGAUCGUGACCGACGUGGUCUUCCUCGUCGGUGUGACUGAUGCCACCGCGCAGGAGAUUCGAGCCAUUCGGUCAGACCUCGUGGUGAGCAGCGAGUUCUUCGUGAGCCUGCUGGACAGCCCUCUGACCUUGAAACGCGACGGGAAAAUCAGGCUGAAAAACAUUGAGCCAAAGAUCUUUCAACUGCUCAUCGAGUUUACUCACCUGAGUGGACAGCUGGUGUCCGAAGUGGACAGUCUUGACUGUUGCCUCAAGUUGGCGUUGGCCGCUGAUGAAUACAUGAUCGACGACCUUGGACCUGUGUGCUCCAAGCUGCUCGAGGGCCAGUUCCUCACCGUGGACAACGUGUGGACAGCGCUGAGCCAGCAUGUCAGGGUGAAGGCCAUUUCCUCGGCUUGUCUCAAGAUUCUAGGCUCAAAGACGAGCGACUGUUUGAAGCAUCCGAGUUUUCUCGAGGCCAGUGAAGAAGCAGUGAAGCUUUUCUGCGGGUUGGAUAAGAUGAACAUCCAAUCUGAGUUGGAACUACUGGAAGCUUGUCUUAGAUACACAAAGAUCAAAGAAAAUCAAAGAGGAGUUUUUCGUCAAUGCUGUCUUCCUGGCCUUCGUCUUCUUGCUCUUGACUCUGCUGACCUUGCCAAGGUGUUUCCCAUGCUGACUCUUGAGGAAAAGACCAGCAUUGCGGCCUGGAAAAGCCCUCUGAUGGCUGCAGAGAAGCCUAAACUCGCGUCUGGCCUCUGUCCGAUCUCAAAUGCGAGGUCGGAUAUCACCGGAGGGCAGACGUUGAAUUUGGUUCCAGACAGUCAUGUUCUUGGCGUGAGAGAUGUUUUCUUGACUGAAUGCUUUGUAGCAUGUCCCGUUAUCGCAUAUGAACCUCAUCGGGACAGAUGCUGGGUUACACUUGAACUUUCCCCGAAAAGAAGCAUCAGAAUCUCUGGCUUUGAGAUCUUCAACAGCCUGGACUUGACCAACGAAGUUUUCGACAACAGUGCGGGUACGUUUGGAAGAGUCGUCGAAAUCACAUUAACCGUCGACAAUCGCCGCACCCUUUGGUCAUAUUCCCUCUCUGAUGAAGUGACAGUCCCAGAACUAUUUCCAUUUAAUGGCUGGACUUUCUUCAAGCACUCUGCUCUGGUUCCUGCUGGUAGUACUUUCACUUUGAAUGUACAAUUCAGUAGAAAUAGCUUCUUGAGGACUCAGAAGUUCACUAUGGAUCUGGUGAAGAGCACCAACUCGAGCGCUGCCUUUGAUGUCUUCAGUCAGAUUGGAAUUUUUUACAAUUCUAAAAUGUCUACUUACUUGCAGCAGGUGCUUCCAGCUGACACCAAGCUAUGCAUCUUCAAAUCAAUUAACUUCACUGCUGAGAUCUAAAUUGAGAUCGAUAUUUGACAAACAAUUUCAGCAUUCCUUUUUUUAGUUUGGAGAAAUAGUUAUUUGUCGUUCUUAAAGUCAAAUCACUCAUCUCGGAAAAUGAA